UCAGACUGAAGACAUUCGUGGUGAAGAGCUUGUGAGAUGCUUUUGCCGGGAAAACUGUGACGCACCAGCUGACGGAGGUGGCGGACAGCUGUGGAAGAUUACGUCGGCAUUGCUUGUCUGAGGGACUUUAAAAUCCAAAUCACAGUAUUUGGUGCAUCAGUAAAGUCCACUGCUUAAUAACAGCUACAGCUAUUACGCAAAGACACACAGAGGUACGUAUCAAACUUUUUUGGUCGGAUCCAGCCAACCGAAUCACUUGGACUGAUCGAUUCAUUCACAAGAAUGGAUUAGCUUUAGUCUCGUGACAGAUAAGUAUGAUAAAUGACAACUUGUUUAGAUGAUGUAUUGUAAAACAUCCGAAGGGAAGAAGUGUUAUCAGCUACUUCAGCUUAUAAAACAGAAGACAUCAAUAACUCGGUCACAUUAUUGCUUUAGCUCUACAAUAAUUGACAAACUAUCUGAUGACUUUAAAGUGUGGUCCAUAAAAUGAGAGGUACUCCGAAGCCUUUAUACGAUGAUGGUGUGGUUAUUUUUGUUCAUUGAUAUUUGUUGGCUUGUAAAAUGUUUGUGGAACAAGAUAAAGGAAGUGGUAACGCGUUAGUGUUUGAACUCUUAGUGAGUUUAACUGUCAUCAUUUCAGAGAAGUCCAGUCAAAAUGCGGUUGACCGAAGCCGCACUGUGCAGGAGGUUAAAAACCGGAAAAACGGUUGUUACGAAUUUUAAGUCUGACAGUGUUUCCUGCACUACUUACUCGAUUUAUACUUAUUCUUACACCACCCUUACUCACUCUACAAUGUAGAAAGAUUGACGAACAAAUUUUUAGGCAAUCAAUAAAAACUAUCGUUGCCCGAAUCCUGAACGAAUGACUCGAAUGAGCCGAUUCUUUUUAGGAAUCAGAAACACACAGCGCGACCAACGUAGCUCGAUUCCUGAUCGAAUGAUUCGAUGGAGCCGAUUCUUUUUAGUGAAUUAGAAACAUUCAGCGUGACCAGCGUAGCUGAACGCUAGACUUGCAUGAAUCAAUUCUUCAUAUAUCAUCAAUGACCUUCCGCGUGACUAACGUAGUCAUUAAAAGUCGUGAUAAAUACACAAUUUACAAGAAUUGCAUCAGGUUUAUUAGUGAUUUGUAAUAUCUGCUCUGUUCAAUGUCAUAAUUUCGCAACAGACUGAGGGCGAUAAAUGACGAAGAAUAACAUUUUUUUUGUUAACUCCCCCUCAGUCCUCUAUGACCUUAUGUUCUCUCUGCUCUGACAGGGUUGAUGAUGGACAACGGAGGGUUUUGCAACGGUUACUAUCCCAGUGGAAGCAGUGAUGAUGAGCUGGUGGAUAUUUCAGAUGUCACAGAGAACUUCACUGAGGAUGUCCCGCCUCUGGACCUAGAUAACAGAGCGGGUAAGGACACAGGCAAUACAGAAGAUGAUAUUAACCAUCCUAAGCUGAUAGAUCUACUGGAUGACACCGUUCCUGCCAUUGGCACUUAUGAGGACUUCAACACCAUCGACUGGGUUCGGGAGAAGUCUAAAGACCGAGAUCGGCAUAGAGAGAUCACCAAUAAGAGUAAGCAUUCCACCGAAGCCUUGCUCUUCAGCAUCAGUGAUGCCUUUUCCGGCUGGCUUCUGAUGCUUCUCAUUGGACUCAUGUCAGGAGCCUUGGCUGGAGGUAUAGACAUUGCUGCCCAUUGGAUGACGGACCUUAAAGAGGGCGUGUGCCUGAAUGGGUUCUGGUUUAAUCACGAGCACUGCUGCUGGGCGUCCAAUGAGAGCACUUUCCACGAAAGAGACAAGUGUCCCCAGUGGAGAAGCUGGGCAGAACUCAUGGUUGGCGUCAGUGAGCAGGGCGGUGUAAAUGUGCUGAAUCAUUUCAUGUAUGUGAGCUGGGCUCUUCUCUUCGCCUUCCUGGCUGUGAUUCUUGUGAGAGCUUUCGCCCCUUAUGCUUGCGGUUCAGGAAUACCAGAGAUUAAGACCAUCCUGAGUGGCUUUAUAAUUCGGGGUUACCUGGGGAAGUGGACUUUGAUCAUAAAGACCGUCACACUUGUGCUGGCCGUCUCGUCUGGCCUCAGUCUGGGGAAGGAGGGUCCGCUGGUUCAUGUAGCCUGCUGCUGCGCAAACAUCCUCUGCCAUUUCUUCACCAAAUACCGUCGAAAUGAGGCCAAGAGACGAGAGGUGUUGUCUGCAGCAUCUGCAGUGGGAGUGUCUGUAGCAUUCGGUGCUCCCAUUGGAGGGGUGCUUUUCAGUUUGGAAGAGGUCAGCUACUACUUCCCUCUAAAGACUCUGUGGCGUUCGUUCUUCGCUGCUCUGGUCGCAGCAUUCACCCUUCGCUACAUUAAUCCCUUCGGCAACAGCCGACUGGUCCUUUUCUACGUGGAGUUCCACACUCCCUGGCAUCUUCUAGAACUUAUCCCUUUUGUGCUUCUGGGCAUCUUCGGUGGGCUUUGGGGUGCUUUCUUCAUUCAUGCUAACAUUGCUUGGUGCCGUCUCCGUAAGAACACCCGUCUUGGCCACUACCCUGUCAUUGAGGUUCUGGUGGUCACCCUGCUCACAGCGUUGCUGGCGUUCCCAAUCGAGUACACUCGGAUGAGCAGCAGCGAACUGAUCUCUGAGCUGUUUAAUGACUGUGGUCUGCUGGACUCAUCCAAACUCUGCAACUACACCGUCAACAGUGGAAGCACAUCUGGAAGUGUUAAUGCCACUGCCGCUAAUGGUCUGGGGGCUCGGCUGGCGGGACCAGGUCUCUAUACAGCUAUGUGGCAGCUAGCUCUUGCUCUGGUCUUUAAGAUGCUCAUCACUGUGGCUACAUUUGGCAUGAAGGUGCCUUCUGGUUUAUUCAUCCCUAGUAUUGCGGUGGGGGCUAUAGCAGGCAGACUUCUUGGAGUGGGCAUGGAGCAGCUAGCCGUACACAACCACGAACGGGACAUUUUGAGAGGCUGGUGCUCUCCAGGGGCAGACUGCAUCACGCCGGGCCUGUAUGCCAUGGUGGGCGCAGCAGCCUGUCUGGGUGGUGUGACCCGUAUGACCGUCUCUCUGGUGGUCAUUAUGUUCGAGCUGACGGGAGGUUUAGAGUACAUUGUGCCCCUCAUGGCUGCCACCAUGACCAGCAAAUGGGUCGCUGAUGCUCUGAGUCGCGAGAGCAUUUACGAGGCCCACAUCCGCCUCAAUGGUUACCCUUUCCUGGGGGCCAAAGAAGAAAUCCGCCACAAGACUCUUGCCACGGAUGUGAUGCGGCCGCAGCGGAGCGACCCGCCACUGUCUGUGCUGACGCAGAGCAGAAUGACUGUCGAGGAGGUGGAGAGACUCAUCGCAGACACCACCUACAGCGGCUUUCCUGUGGUUAUCUCACAGCAGUCUCAGAGAUUGGUGGGCUUUGUGUUGAGGAGGGAUCUGGUCAUAUCCUUAGAAAAUGCACGGCGGUAUCAGGAGGGUGUAGUCAGCGUGUCUGCUGUCCUGUUCACUGAAUGUGACCCGCCCGCGUCACCCAGCGCUCCUCCUGCAGUCAAACUGCGCAGCAUCUUGGACCUCAGCCCCUUUACGGUCACGGCUCACACGCCCAUGGAAAUCGUGGUGGACAUCUUCCGCAAGCUUGGCCUGCGGCAGUGCCUCGUCAUUCAGAAUGGGCGUUUGCUGGGAAUCAUCACUAAAAAGGACAUUCUUAAACACAUGGCGCAGAUGGCCAACAGAGACCCGGAAUCAAUCCUCUUCAACUGAAGACUCUUAAGACUGAACAGACAGGAUAAACUGACUCCUGCACACACACACACACAGAGGGCUGAAUCAUCCUGCGAUGAUGCUGACAGUGGUAGGACUCUGUGACACUGAGGUACUGCUAUAUAGAGUGGUCUGAGAGUGGCCUAAGGCAGCUUUUCGCAGCUCCAGUAGUGGACAUGUUCAGACAGGAGCUGUUUAUCCUGUCCGGAGGCUACAGAGACAGCAAUGUGAGUAAUGCUGUCCCCUCACACCUGUGACACCUCAUAAAAGCUGAUCUGAAUUGUUGCCAUCAGGACUUGCUGCAUGUGGACCAAAUGCUUUUCCUGUCUGCAUUUAUAUUUAAAUUUGGGGAUCAAUGACGACUUCUUUUUUUGUGUUCUUUAUUAGUUUAUGGUGCUUUACUUUACUAAAAGUAGCUUGAACUAACUUUCCACGGUUGCUAGUCUCUCAGGCUCGUCUGGGUUGCUGGUUUUUGGGAAUUUGGGGUAUUUAUUGGGCUGGGAGACCCAACUGACUGAGACCAGCCAACAAAAGGUAGCUUAAGCUAUUAUUUAGCAGGAUUUCCAUCCCUGGAGUGACGUUUGACCUCUAAAGGAACUUCAGAAGGGUGAGAACAUUCCUGAGAUGAUCUGGCAAACGUGCGUUAAGGGUGUCUUGUCUGAACCUGCGUGUGUCGAACGAUCCCUGUGGGAAGAUGUGCCGCCUUUUGUCAAAAUGCAGUGAGAUUUGGUGUAUCAUAUUGAAAAGUCAUACAGACGCACUUACUUUUUCUCAUUUAUGCAUAUUAGCUAAACGCCGCCAGUAGUGCUGUUCCUCUAUUUCUCACUCUAAAGAAGGAAGUUUUGAAGAUAACGCGCCACUUUUGAAGCGUUUUAUAUAUGACUUCAACAAGACAGAAGUCAAUGUUGAUUUUUAUUGUGGAUGGUGCCUUAAAGGAAUGGUUCAUCCAGAAAUUCUGUCAUUUACUCACCCUUUUAAUGUUCCAAAUCUGUAUGAUUAUUUUAUUCUUCUGUAAAACCUAAAAUAAUAUAUUCUUUUGAGAGAGUCUUAGUGGGGGCUUUUGUCGAUUGCAGUGAUUGCAACUGAAACUGUUUGGUUACCAACAUUCUUCAAAAUCUGUUCUUUUGUGUUCUGCAGAAGAAUACAAAGUCAUACUGUUUUGGAACAACAUAAGGGUAAACAGAUGACAGAAUUUUCUUUUUUGUAUGAAAUAUGCCUUCAACAGUUAUGUUGAAGUGCCCUGGUUCUCCCUUUGUCAUUCUGCUAUUACAACAAGCUAUUUGGUCUUACCAGUGGCAUAUGAUUUCCAAAAGUUUGUAGUGGCUGCUAAACAACUGAUUUCCACUCAGCUUCCCAAAUGAACCAAGCUGCUGUUCCUGUGUGGCACCACCAGGCGACACUAACUCACAGACUGUUCAUUCUGGACAUUGUGCGCCAUCUGAUUGAUUCUUGGCCCGGUUCACUUGCUGGGUGUGUUGCGGCAUUCUCUCAUGUCAUUACAGUUGGGACUCCUUACAUUUCUAUGCUCACAGUGAGCACCUGGGCCCCUCGGUUCCUUCAUCCAUCACCUCGCUGUCCUUCUCAUGUAACCAAGCUAUCAUCCUCAGACAACCUCAGCGAAGCAUCUCCAGGCAACUCCCUUGUUUGUCCGUGAGGACCCAAUCAUGACAUAACAAGAUCCUCCCUGUAAUGAAAGGGAAACACUCAUACUGUAGUCCUCUUCCUUGCUCGACUUUUAUCUCUGUGCAUUUUAAAACCUCCACCCUCCAGUUUAGUGCAUGGUAUUUUUCCCCUGCAUUGGCAUUUGGGUGGUUUAUGACCUAUUAAAGGCAUUUGAUUCUUUUCGUGCCUGUUCUAAAUGCUCUUUCCCUACUCGCUGUAAUUCCCGAGAGCUGGAUUAGGGGCAGGGAGGUCGUGGAGGGCUAUUGUUCCCAUUCGCUCCUGCUCGUCUGGGCUCCCGGUCGCCAGGAUGUCCCCCGACCGCUUCCCUUAAGCACCGUCACGCAGCCCCGACCGCCUUCCACUCUUAGAAAGACAAUUUCCGGUCCAGUCUUUAAACAACAGGCGAUUCUGAACUAUAUAAUAGAGUAGGGGAAAAAAGAAAUUCUUGCGCUGUGAUUAUUGAAAGAAAAAGGUGUGUGUAUGUGUGUGAAUAUUUGUGUGUGGGGCCAUAGGGGUGUUGGAAGGAGAGAUUACACUUUUCUCUUUUGCCUUCCGUGGAAAACUUCGAAAUAUGGGAGGAGGGAGAGCAGAAAAGAUUAAUUAAACAGUGUUCACUGGUCAGUGGAGGGAGCGUUUCACAAAGGUCCCCUCUGUGUCACAAGGGGGGGUUAUUGGAAAGACUUGGCAUGAAGGACUUUCACUCAUUCCUGCAAUCCGGGUGGGUGCUGAGCCUCUUUGCGCUGUAACCCAAUACUCGAUUGGUGCAGAAGGACCCAGGCCAGGACAGGACCAAAUGAAAUGGGCAAGGACAUGCAACAGACCUCCUAUGUUCUUAUCUACAGAACGUGGCUCACAGAACGCAACUUUUCAACUCAGGAAGCAGCAUGUAAACAGCUGUUAUUUGGUGUCUACUUGCCUUUUUCUAUGCAAACAGUUGAGGGCUGAGGACAAAUGCUUAACCUAAGUAAAUUGCUUUUACAGGUGUCAAUGAGCAUGUAUAUCCAAUUGUUUUGUUUUUGCCAAAAAUACUAUACGGUUAUUACCAAAUUUAUUCUAAAGCACUUAUCGGAGAUGAAGUAUGUGUCCAUUUUAUGGAUGAGAUGUUAGCUUUAAUAGGUAUUUAUUUGCACACAAAUGUUUUCCAUUACAGUAUUUGUAUGUCUGUGCUUAUAUCAUAUUGUCAAAAGAACUUUUGUCCAUUUGAAGAAACCUGAAUGAUGCAUUCCAUGCAGACUUCAUUCAUCUGGAGGUCAAAAAGUAUGUUUAUGUAUUAAAUAUAAAAAUAAUGGCUUAUGGCUUCAAGUUUUUGGUUUAUCUUACAUACUCAAAGACUCCAGGACUUGAAAAUUCCAGAAAUAUUAGCAUUCACCCCCAACCCAGAAUCCCAAUAGACUCUGGUGGCUGUAGAAACAGAUCCAUGCUGGUUCGUGUUCAGUGUGGUAUUUGAAGGAAAUCGCUGAGGGUCUCUUAAAACGCCACAGGAUUGUGGGUGAGUCUCAUCUAUUGCUUCAGAACUUUUUUUUCCCCCACAACUUUUGAAGGCCAAUGUUUUAAUAGCUAUUCUUUUGCAACUUUAUUAUCAGGAAUAUUGUCUUUUGAAAAAGCACAAAUGCUUUUUAAAGUAGCAACAAUGUGAAAUGAUCUGUCUAGGGCGUGUUUUUGCUUGUUUUUUUUUUAUUGUUCACAGAUGACUUCGAGAAUAAUUGUACAUGGAUCUGUAAACAAAACACACCCUUGUAAUUCUUCAGCUCAGGUUCAUUGUGCUUGUAGCGUUUGUUAAAAAAAAGCACUGCUUUUAUGUAGCGCGUUACUUAUCCUGUGCCAUUUUAAGAUGGGUAACGUAUGGAAGUCUGUUUCUGGGUCGGAGUUGAAGAAAUAAUGUAAUUGCAAUGAUUUUGGUUGCAUUCGUUUCUCACAAUCUGAUACUAUAUCUCGAAAUGUGAGAUAGCUACAACUUUGACUUAACAUCUUACAUUUGUUCCUAUAUAUCAUAUCAGAGCCUUUCUCUCUUAUUUUAUUUGAAACUGGCCUCAUUUCAGUGUCUCAGACAGGAGAGGAGAUGGCUAUGGGACUGAGGGAUGAUGAUUGUCUCUCAGGAAGGAGGUGAUCCAGCCCCGCCGCCGCUCUCCCUGUGCCAGCUGUCCCAUUUGUUUACUUGUGUUUACUCUUUUUAGGCCCUGCAAAAAUAAAUGAGAUAAGUGAAUCCUGUGUGUGUGUGUGUGCUGAGAUGUUUUGAUUCGGAGAGCAUUUUGAUUCUUGUGACAUUCCAGUGUUUUCUGGUGGAUUCUGGGUAUUGGGGAGGACAAGGUUGGGUUUGUGAAUAGGAAUGCCUGGUGGUCUUCAUGAAUGGCAGAAAAGUUUUAACGAUGACACAUAUGAGUGACAGAUUGCUUGGGAGCGCUGGCAAGGGGAAUGUGUGAUGGAGUGUUUCAGUUGAUGUGAGUGAGGGUAGAUAUGCUCAGGGUGUGUGUGGCCACAUCUAAUAGUGAAUAGAUUGGUGUGUGUGGUCAAUGCUGAUUUAGUAAAAUGGUGUGCUUGUGAGUGUGCUUUCUUUUUCCUUUUUUGAUGGUGAGACAUCAGGAUCCUAAGCAGACGUGAGAAUGAUGGUGACUCGUAGUUGGUUGUCUAGAAGACAGAAGAUGCUUGGAUCUGAGUGCAUACACUUUUAUGUGGGUUUUCAUAUGACAAAAUAUCCCUUAAAGGGAAGGCCCCAGUGGUGAGUAUAUGCUUCGUAAGCAAGAGUCGUUAUAUAUCUGGCAUUGUAUUUUAAGAGCUUUGUUUAUCUUGGCCAUAGUGCAAAGAUAAAACAAAUUGUGAAAUAUUGUAAAAUGUCAGAAGCCUUGCCAACUGGUUGAAAUUGUCAAUUGUUAAAGUGGUUUGUUAAUUGAACAAACUAACUUCCAGUCAAUUAGUGGAGAUACUAAUAAUAAAUUUGCAUCCUACUUACCUGAUUUUUAGCAAAGUAGUAAUUACUACAUGGUGAGCAUUAUGUAUUACAUUAUGUAAUAUUCUUGAGACAUGCUUAAGAGGUUUGCAAUGUGAUCCCACAUUUUGAAAUCAUGUCCUGUUCAUAAAUAAAAUAUAUAAAUUA